CGCAGUAUUCCAUCUGGAUCGGCCGCGCUACGUCGCUCCCGACUUUAAUUGUCCCCACUCGUUACGUCACAGAAAAGCUACCCCCCACCCUCCCCGUUUCCCGGCGUAAUCCCGUGCCCCGCCGAAAUUCGCACUCCGGCAUCCCGUCCGUGAAAACCGACGUCGGAGGACACUCCUAACUGGGUUGAUCGACUCAAUUACCAGGACAAUAGCCCCGAGCACGGGCCCGUCCGCAUUUCGCUCCGAGGCCGCGUCAGAUUCGACCUAAUAAUUUCAAGUUUAAAGUUACCCGCAGCUCGUUCGUUUCCCUCUUCCUGAAUUCAAGUUCACACUGCGUCUCGUGACUGUUCGGUAAAAUGACCAGUUUCAUUGGAAAAUUGUGACGUGCGUUUUCGCGUUUUCGUUCAUUGCAAGUCGUGUUCAUCGAAAAGUGCCAAAUAACCUUAUCUUCCCGAGAUUGGCAAACCCGGAUUUCGAAUCAGCACUUGAGAUUUUCGAACACGACUAUCCUUGAUUACAUUCCCGAGAUUUUGUUCCGUCCCCAAGCUCGGUUUCGAUCGCCAGUGGAAAGUUACAGCGGUUUGAGUGUGACCUUUUUUUUUUUUGCAUCCUCAGUGCGGCUUUUUCCCACCAAAAAGUACGAUUACCGCGGUCAAGUCUUCGGCGAUCUCUGCUGACGUCGAUGUAUUCCACUUUCGUUUGGAAGCGGACUUUGCUUAUUCUGUGCGAUCUGUUGACUUGAGAGCUCCUCUCAAAAGUAACGCGCUUAUUAAAAGUGUUUGUGUUUACAUUUGUGUACUCGCGCUUGGAUCGCUUAUUUUUUAAGUAAGCGCUAGGGUUGCAAUUAUUCCCGGAGAGAGUUGACUUCGAUUUUAACAGUACAGUAUUUUAUUUGUGGAAGUGCAAUUCUCCACAAGGGAGAUCUAGCUAUGACGGAUAAAAAACCUCAGAAGUCUGCACAUCACAAUUAUAAAAUAGUCAGUACAACAGACGUGGAGUUAAACCAGGCGUUGGGCAAAAAUGACUCAGAACGAGAUGGGAGUGAUGAAUCGCUCCCGAAAGCUGUCAGCAGAUUUCGUUCUGCUCUACCUCAGGUGCUAGCCACUACAGCCAAAAAUUUGAUUUUACUAGAUCUAGGAAUGACAAUUGCUUUCCCAACAAUUGUGAUACCAACUUUAUUAGACGGAAAAGACCCGAGUGGACUCACGUUCAAUACAGCUCAGGCAUCAUGGUUUGGAAGUAUAGCGUUCAUAUGUCAGCCUUUGGGAAGUGUCCUGUCUGGAAUUGUAUUGGAGCCACUCGGAAGGAAGCGCUCCAUGCUGUUGGUAAAUGUUCCUCAUUUGAUCGGCUGGAUAUUAUUCUACAAUGCUGAGUCAUUAUCAAUUUUGUACAUUACAUGUGCUUUGAUGGGUCUAGGUGUUGGAUUCAUGGAAGCGCCAAUCAUCACGUACGUAGGCGAAAUCAGUGAGCCAGCCCUCAGGGGGAUUCUUACUUCCUAUUCGGGUAUUUUCGUGUCCGUGGGCUUCCUCUUCGAGUACACCCUCGGAAACUUCGUCGAUUGGAGGACUGCUGCCCUAAUUAGCGCCAUGGUACCCGUUAUCACCCUAAUCGCUAUUUCACAGGUACCGGAAACGCCGACAUGGCUGCUCUCUAAGGGUCGAAACGAAGAGGCUAAGAAAUCGCUGCAGUGGCUUCGGGGCUGGGUCCCCGUGGGGCUCAUCAUGGACGAGUUUGACCAGCUAAAAAGGUACAAUGAGGCAACAAGGUAUCACGCUCAAGUGACGUCACAUACCGUGUCCUCACCUGACGUCAACGAGAAACCGCGACCCGUCUCCUACGCCAAUGACGUAUCCAUUGAUGAUGAACUCACCAAGCCUGAUAUGAAGACCAAUGGCAAUGCUUACUCGGUAAACGGCGGAGUAUCGCCGGUGGGCGCCGUAAAAGGACGCAAGCUGAGCUUCGAAGAAAAGUUCUACGACUUGAUCAGGCCGGAAAUGGUCCGUCCUUUGGGGCUGGUCGUUGUAUUCUUUUUCAUCUUCUACUCGUGUGGCCCGCCUGGAAUGCGACCGUACAUGAUCAAGCUUUUCGACAAGAUGAACCUCCCCGUUACUGGAAAACGAGUCACGGUUAUUAUGGGUCUGAUUGGAAUCCUGGGCAACAUCUUUUGUAUGAUUUGCGUCAAGUGGUGCGGGAAGCGGCCUCUCUCACUGGUUUCGACGGCGGGUAGCGCGGCGAGCAUCAUCAUCCUCGGGUUCUGCGCUUUGGACGCCGUCAACGGCCCGGCCGCCGUCCCUGGGGCCCAGAGCGUCAAGUGGACGCCCUUCGUGCUCUUCUGCAGUCUCUGGUUCUUCUCAAAUUUCGGACUCUCCCAAAUACCCUGGAUGCUCACCAGCGAAGUCUUUCCUAACAGGGGUCGAGGUCUUGCAAGUGGUAUCGCCGCGGCCUGUUCCUAUCUGAUGGCUUUCGUUGCCUCGAAAACCUACCCGGACUUGGAGCGAUACCUCGGCAUACACGGCGUUUGCUUCCUUUACGGCACCCUCACCCUUCUCGGCUACAUUUUCAUUUACUUCUGCCUACCCGAGACCGAAGGAAGGUCCUUGGCUGAAAUCGAGGGCAUCUAUUCAACACAACAGAAAGCAGAGAAGAAAGCACCAUCCUCGUGACAAGGGUAGACGGACGCUCACUCUCUUAUCAGGGAAACAAAGAAAGAAAGACGAUUCGUCAGGUGCAGUUUUUAUAUAGAACUUUUCCAUUCCCUAUUUUAUAUUGAUGAAUCUUCCAACGGUACUUUUAUCUUCCAGCUCACAUGUAGGGUGAAAUAAUGUACUUUUUUUUAUAAUAAAAAAAAUAAGAAAUUAAAACCGUCACAAAACUCGUAUUUUGAUCAGUAUUCUCGUUUGGAAAACAGAUACUCAGGGAGAGGACCCGAGGAGCACUCGAUGUAACAGUAUUUUUUUUUUAGUUCCAUAUACUCGUAAAUAAACUAUAAGUGCGGAUAAAACGUUUUAAUAUCUACUUUUUAUCUAAGGUCCACUGCCAAAUCUUUGAGUAUACCUGUAAUUUAUGUAAUAUUUACAUAUGACACUUGUUGAUUCGUUUGAACUGUAUCGAUGAAUUGGUGAUGCAAACGAGUGCGUAAAGAUUCCCCAUUUUCAAUUGCCUGUCCUUUGCAUUUUGUGAUCAUGAUGUCAAUUUCUUCCUUGGUUUAGUGUUAUUACUUAUUUUUGAUGUUUUAAUAUAAUUAUUUUUGUUACUUUCAGUUAGUUUGAGACAUUUUUUCAUAGUUUACUUUGUAAAAAGUUGUCUGUUUUUAAAAUAUGACUCCAUAACUUGUGCAAUCGAGCAGUUUAAGAUGUUUUCAACUGUUAGUGUAAAGUGGGAUCUAUUGAUUUUACUGCUAAGCAGCUAUAGUGCCACACGGAGAAAAAAUAACCUCGUGGAACAUACGGCUCAGGCCACGUGGAUCUCUGUAUAGUUUUUGGGCCGUGCGUCCAAAACUUGAAGUUCAGUCGCCGGAGUUUUGGUCACACAAUCAACGUUCGAUUGGCUACAUGAAAGUGUCAACCGAAGUACCACCGAAGUAUCGAAGUAUCCCAUGAGUGACCGGAACUUCGGCAGCUGGACCUCAAGUUUUUGGAAGCACGACCUCAAAACCUCAAAGAUGCAUGUGACCGGAACUUCGGGUCCCAUGCACGAAGUUUUCCUCUUUGUGGCAGUCCGAUUUUUUCCUCUAUUUAAUUAAAGGAAGUUGGGAUUAGGUGGAGUCUUAUAAUGUUCUAGAUUUAUUCUAUUCUAGGCACGAGGCCAAUAUUUUAACUUCUCCCGGAAAUAAAAUGUAAAGGAGAACCCGAAUUGAGGCUUUUUAUCUCAAAGAAAAAGAUUAUUUUUACGUUACUUAUAAUGAUUAAAUUUGGAAGAUCUGAAAAAUUUCAACAUAAGAUGGAAAUUAAUUUUUUUAUAUGUCAAACUACACUUUAGGAGCCAUCCCUAAAUUACGUCACGCAUUUUUUUGGCAUUUUUAAUCCCCCUUCCUCCCCCUUGUAACGAUUUUGUGGCGUAGGUCCCUAUCCUUUAACACGUAAAAACCGAAUGGUUUAACCUGCUUCUUGACACCCCACCCCUCCACAGCGUUGCGUAAUAUAGGGACGGUCCCUAAGGUUAUUCAGCUUAAAGAUUAUAGCUGAUUCUGUGAUUUGAUUGGUCAAAAGAUUUAAAAAAUGUUACUUAAAAAGCUUCAAGAUUUAGAAAUGUUCAUAAAUUGAAUUUUUUAGAGAAAUGAAUCGAAAUGUUAAGGUUUUACUUGACUUUAUCGCCCAUGACUCGGUGGAAAAUUCUGCAGCUUCGUGGCGACUUUGCCUUUUGCGGCUGUUGAUGCAGCUUUUCCCCAAUUAUAAGUGUGUGUUGAUGAAACCGCUGGUGGUGUUUAUAGACAGUUUUUACGAAAUUUUGCCUUGGAUUUUUCACCAAAUAAGUUGGCAGUUGUUUACCUUUGAUUUGUUUCUUAAGUCAACCGGGUCGAAAGUUGUGUCAGGCAAUUUAGUGACCUCUUUUUUAUGAUAUACAGCAUUGCUUACUUUGACCGACCAUUUUUGUUUGAUAAUUACACCCUUUUCUACCUUAGCCGUCGAUUUAGAGGAACUAUGCACGAUGUUGGAUUUUUAAUUGCAAAAACAUGAAGGCAGAUAUUUUUCUCCGGUUAUUCUCAAUUUUUAAUGCUGAUAUGCAGACGCCUCCGUUCUGUUACUUUUAUAUGAAUUAUAUUCUUGGGCACUUUGCAGAAAUACAAAACAACAACAAAAAUUGAAACAUCGUUGUUCGAUUCUUACGUUGUUCAGAAAGGGAUGCUCAUCGUUUAUUCUCAAUACGCAUCCGGCUUCUUUGUUUCUUUUUAAGAUGAAAUAAAAUGCAGAAUAUCUAUUGAAUAAAACGUUAUUUUUAUUUGAA